CUCCCAAGCUCGCACACCCAUCGACCAUGCAGGCCCUACUGCUCUUCACUGUGGCGUCGCUAGUGGCGAUGGCAGCGAGUGAAGCACCCUCCACCAGCUACGGAGCGCCCUUCCGCCAGCCUCAGCGUCUCCAGACACAGCAGCAGCAGCAGCCACAGGCAUUCGCCCAAUCGCAGGCGCAGCCAUCAUUCGCGGCUCCGCAGUCGUUCUCCGGAUUCUCUGCGGCCCUCUUCCGUCCACAGUUCUUCAUUCCCGCACAGGACUCCUCUCGCCUGACGGACAUCUACCGCCUGCCCACGUUCACAACCUCUGCCCCCACCACCACAGAAGCUGCCACUACCACUACUGAGGCCCCUACCACGACUGUGGCUGCCCCAUACAACUACGGCAAGCCGGAGCUGCGUGAGGCGGAAGAGAGCGGCGUGUACUAUGUGCUGCAGCCAGACGGCCGCCUGCAGCGCAUCGCCUAUGCCCACGGUCCCGCCCCCGUCUCCGCCGCCCCCAAGCAGCAGCAGCGCACCGCCUCCAGUGAACUGUCUGCCCUGCAGCAGCCUGCGCUCACACCCGGCUACCUGGCGCGCUUCCAGUACCAGGACCUGCAUCCUGCCGGUGCUCCCAUCUACUCUUACAAGCAACCUGAGCUUGUGCGCAUCAACUAGGCUACGAACCUGGUCUUUCCAGUUUCAGCAUUAGAGCCUCUUUUGCUAAAUGAAUACUGUUUCAUCAUUUAAAAUUCUUCUUAGUGGCUGUCUAUAAUAGAUUACAGUAUGGAAACAGAUGUUUCGCCAGCGUAGUCGGUCGUAAUUACACUUACUGCCCUAUGUGAAUUUUAUUGAACUUAAUUGUCACUCAAUUUUCUCUCAACUAUGAUGCGUAUUUUGCACACUCAACAAAUAUAAGUAUGGAGAUUAAUGAGGCGUUUGAGAAAAACUGAACUUUCAUGGAUCAUAUGCCAAAGUAUUUGCUUUGUAUCUGAUCCCAGGAGAGACAAAGCGUUUUACAACAUAAAGAUGUAUUUUCUAGUUUUAGGCUGCAAUUAAAUUAUAUUCAGUUUCUUUAUUGUAACUCCAUUCAUUUCGAAGCUAAUAAUCGAAAUAGACCAUGUUACAAUAAAAGGAACUCUUAAUCAUUUAACUACAGUCUGCAGUAAAUUCUUUCUCCCAAAUUAUUCUACUGCUUUUCCAUGAUUUCAUCAACAAUGCGAGUCUACUUUUCCAGUAUACUUUGGAAGCUAGCAGAAUUUCGAAAUUUAUUGUACCUCAAGCUGAUAUGAGGCAUCAGGCCUCUGAAGAUUCUGCUGUUCAGUUACUAUUGUAUGUUGCCAGUCAUCAGUGUGCUAGAGCAUUAUGUACAGUAUUAUCUACUACUAUGUUUGUAUGUAAGUUUUGUUUCUUGUUGAGAACUGAUGUAGAAUUUUAUAACGUCAAUAAAAUAUGUGCACAUAUAA